AUGUCCGACUUUAACCCCUCUUCCUCCUCAAAGGGCUUGGUAGAAUCUAUAAAAGCUGUUCAAGAUGCUUUAGAACCCUUACAUCAACGCCCUUUCUCCGAUACGCUAGAUGAAUUGGAAAGUUUGGACAGAGCAAAGAUGGAUAUCUUAUUGGCUUACACGAUAAGUGAUUUACUUUGGAUAUAUCUCAAGAUGAAAGGUCAUGAUCCAUCUUUACACCCAGUCGCAGGUGAAUUGGAAAGGAUAAGGACAUAUUACGAAAAGAUCAAGCUUGUUGAAUCUGGGUCUGAACAAAGGAAAAACAAAGUCGACGUCAAUGCCGCCCGAAGGUUCAUCAAACAUCAUCUUCCCCCUUCAUGCGACCCGACGCUUGACGAGAUGCCCGGUAGAGCAGAGAGGUUCAGAUUCGUAGCUGCCGAUGGAAAAGAGAAGAUGAUUCCCGGUCAAGUGGAAGCUGAAGAUGACGCCAUGAUGGGGAAGCAGGAUGGUACAAGUCAGGUAGAUGAAAGUAUGGACGUCGUCAACGAGAAUGUCGAUAUGAUGGAGGACGUGACGGACACUGCUGCGCCUGUUGAGAACACAUCCACCAAAUCAGUCCAUGUCAGAAAGGGGAGAGCGAGAGCAGAGGAUUAUACUUGA